CAGAUAUGGGAUGUUCUCAGUCCAGAUAAACCCUUAUCCCACAGAAUUUCUUUGGAUUGGCAACAGAUUGGGUUUCAAGGACAAGAUCCAGCAACCGAUUUUCGUGGAAUGGGUGUUUUAGCUUUAGACGAUCUUUACUUUCUCUGUAAAAACCGCCCAAAACUUGCAAGAAAAUUGCUCAUUACAUCUCAGUCAGAUCUAUCAUGGUUUCCUUUUGCAGUUGCUGGAAUUAAUAUCACGUCAUAUACACUUCGAAUGGUGCGAACACGACUGUUGCAGAAUACGUUUUACCAUCACGGUAUUAACGAGGACACAUAUCACGAAGUGUUUUGCUAUAUUUUCGAAGAGUUUGAAAAGUUUUGGGUCAAUCAAAAAGAACUCCCAACAGUGCUUCAGUUCAAUGCCAUUAUGAAAGAGUACCAAAUUAAGGUGGAAAGGGAGUUGUUUCAAGGAAAGGUUUUGGUUCUUGAUCCCGAGAACCCUGAUCUAGACAAAGUUGAAAAAUAG